GGCGCACGCAGUCACACAGAAAGAGUGUCAAUGAGAUAUUCUCCCAAAAUAAGAAUAAGAAAUUGGGGAAAUCCCAAACCCUAAAACGCUCUCAAUUUCUCGUCAUUGCCGUCAUCUUCAAUAACACACCCCGUCGCCGUGCCGCCGGCGAGUCUGUAUUUGGAUACUUGAAAUGGAUGAUAAUGAUAAGGCAGUAGAGAACUCUAAUCCCACUUCUGAUAAUACUACUUCUGAGAAUGAUUCAGAGAUAUCAAUUGAUUCGCUGGCACGAAAAGUACAAGAAUCUCUUUCUCUUGCUAAGAGGCAUAAGUUUUGGGAGACUCAACCUGUAGGUCAGUUUAAAGAUCUUGGGGAUUCUAGCUUGCCUGAAGGCCAAAUUGAGGCACCAACACCUUUGUCUGAAGUUAAACAGGAGCCUUAUAACCUUCCAAGUCAAUAUGAAUGGAUUACCUGUGAUAUGGAAUCUGACGAUAUGUGUAAUGAGGUGUAUUCCUUAUUGACUAAUAAUUAUGUGGAGGAUGAUGAGAACAUGUUCAGGUUCAACUACUCGAAGGAGUUUCUUCAAUGGGCACUUCGGCCUCCAGGAUAUUUUAAAAGCUGGCACAUCGGAGUGAGAGCUAAGAGCUCCAAAAAGCUAGUUGCUUUUAUCACUGGAAUUCCAGCUAGAAUUCGGGUCCGUGAUACGGUUGUGACCAUGGCAGAAAUUAAUUUUCUCUGCGUCCACAAGAAACUUAGGUCCAAACGACUUGCUCCGGUGAUGAUCAAAGAAGUAACUAGAAGAGUUCAUUUGGAAAAUAUCUGGCAAGCUGCCUACACCGCUGGGGUGGUUCUUCCGACACCCAUAACAACUUGUCAGUACUGGCAUAGAUCUUUAAAUCCAAAGAAGCUUAUUGAUGUGGGAUUUUCAAGGUUGGGUCCAAGGAUGACAAUGAGCCGUACCAUAAAACUGUACAAGUUACCAGAUCAAACUGCAACUCCUGGUUUCCGAAAGAUGGAGCCUCAUGAUGUUCCUGCUGUUACUCGGUUACUCCGCAAUUAUUUGAAACAGUUUGUUGUUUCUCCGGACUUUGAUGAAAAUGAUGUAGAGCACUGGCUUCUCCCCAAGGAAGAUGUUGUGGACAGUUUCCUAGUUGAAAGCCCAGAAACUCAUGAGAUUACCGACUUCUGCAGCUUUUACACACUUCCAUCUUCUAUUCUAGGUAGCCAGAAUUACUCUACGCUGAAGGCUGCAUAUUCUUAUUACAAUGUGUCGACUAAAACUCCGUUAACUCAGCUGAUGAAUGAUGCUCUCAUUGUGGCGAAGCGAAAAGAUUUUGAUGUCUUCAAUGCUUUAGAUGUCAUGCAUAAUGAUACUUUCUUGAAAGAACUGAAAUUUGGCCCUGGUGAUGGGAAGCUGCAUUAUUAUCUCUACAACUACCGAGUAAGAAACGUUUUAAGGGCAUCUGAGCUUGGCCUGGUACUCCUGUAGCAUGAGCAAGCAUGGUUGAUUCUUCUUUUUGCCGGAAGAGACUUGUUUGUUACCGAGUGCCAUUUUUUCCCUAAAUUUAUGAUUGCACUGACAGUGCAGUUCUGUACUAGUACCUGUUGACUACGAAAGUAAUUAAUGUUAAGGUUCCCGGGCUUCAUUGUGACUGAACUAUCUAUAACACUCCGGGAUUUUGGAUUGGCUUUUCUUGUGUUCAUUGUCAUGUUUUCUUUGCCUUGGAUCAGGAUGGUGAAGAAUGUCUUAUAUCUUUAGAUUCCAGUCUGUGUCAGUGUAGAUGAACUGCCAUUCUUUUUGCUUGAAUUCAGUGUCAGACCAUACUCUGGUUCAACGGGCAUGCUCUGAAACAGGGCACACAUAAUUCAGAUCUCUGUGAUCCCCCUUGAUGUCUCUGGCUUACACAUUGUUUCUUUGUUUCCGUUUACAGUGGACUUUUAGAUGUUACCAUACCUACUACACCUACCAGAAGAUAUGAAAAAGAUUGCUGUCCCACCAAAAGUGUUUGUACAAACUAUCUAGGAGUCUAUUUGAAUUCACCUAAAACCUGGAAUCUUAAGUUCAUACAAAGUGAUGAAAAAAAAAUGAUCGAAUGCCAUAUCAUCAAGUUUGCAUGAUUUGAAUUGCAUUUGUCAGUUAGAUAAUUUUAGAAUAGUAAAAGUGCCUCGAGAUGUUGAAGAAAGCGCACAUAGGUUAGCGAAGUCAGUCUAGCGACAAGUUUGGGUCUGUAACUUUCUUAUGUUUAUGAAUGAAUUAUAAUGUUUUCGG